GUGACAGUGACAACCAAUAUUGUUGUAGUCUCCCCAUAAAUCUCCCAUAACUACUCAGUGUGCCUAGACGUGUGCCUCAUGAGUUCGCAACUCACACUGAAGUUGACUUCGUAUCUCUCACCAACCUGACUGCGCUCGUCAUCCCGGAUUGUUAAUGGGUCGACCCCGUCUUCAUGCAACGGCGGAAGAAAGAGCUGCUGCUGCGCGAAAAUAUAGACAGGACUACUAUGAAAGGAAUAAGAAAACAAUAAGCGUGAAAAUGGCAGCCAAAUACAAAGCACGACGUGCAGGCAAGCCGAGCAGAACAAACUAUGACCCUGCGAAGACCACACAGCUCUCCGGAUACUCUCCACAGCCUGUUAGGCACGUUACCGAACAAGGGACAUCCGUAUCCGAUAGCGAGAGUGAGCACACGUCACUGCCUGAUAGUAAUCUCCACCGCAUCGAUUUACAACAACGCAUCCGAGACGUUCAAACAGCAGUAGCAAAGACAACUGCUCUUCAUGCUGAGGACUACUUCGAGCAUCUCUACUCCAGCCUGACGAAGAACUCGAAUGACUAUCAACUCCGGCUAUCAAUAAUUUCGGACGCCCUGAAACUUUUAGAAAGACAUAGUUUGCAAGCCCGCACGUUGGAGACAGAACUUGUGCAAGAGAACGAGGUCGGGAAAUUGUUGUCCCAAGCACAAGAGCUCACACAGACGUUACGGGAUAUGACGGGAGCUGCUGAAGAGCUCUGGUGCUUCAUCGUAGACAAUCCAGAUGCUACGAAGCUCAUACAACAAUAUUCUCGAGGUGAAUUGCGAUUUCAACGGCCGAAUGUAGACAAAUGACCACGGAUUCUCGACAUUAAUGAUAUACAUUGGCGGCUGUUGAGCGGCGGUAUAGUACUGCUCUGAUUGGACAUUCUAGUUUUCCACGCCUGAGGCUCUCGCAGUUCCGCCACUACAGU